AGGAAACAAAGAACCUGUCAACUUCCGGCGGCCAUAUUGCGGUGAUACAGCGAGUUUUGCUGAGGGAGCUCCAUCAUGAUUUCUUCUCAAGCUUAUGGAGAUAAUGGAAAGAUGAAGGAAUAUCACUACAGCGGUCCAGUGGAGCAUAAAUUCUCUCCUUAUGCCUUCAACGGGGGGACUGUGCUGGCGGUGGCUGGGGAAGACUUUGCUCUCGUGGCUUCAGACACCCGUUUAAGUGAGGGAUACAGCAUCCACAGCAGAGACUCUCCCAAAUGCUACAAACUGACAGACACUACAGUGAUUGGCUGCAGUGGUUUCCAUGGCGACUGCUUGACGCUAACCAAAAUCAUUGAGGCGAGACUGAAGAUGUACAAGCACUCAAACAAUAAGAGCAUGACCAGCGGAGCCAUCGCAGCCAUGCUGUCCACCAUCCUGUACGGCAGGCGUUUCUUCCCGUACUACGUGUACAACAUCAUUGGUGGUCUCGAUGAGGAGGGUCGAGGUGCCGUUUAUAGUUUUGAUCCGGUUGGCUCUUACCAGAGAGACUCUUACAAAGCAGGUGGAUCAGCCAGUGCAAUGCUGCAGCCUCUUCUUGACAACCAGAUCGGAUUCAAGAACAUGGAGAACGUGGAGCAGCUGCCCCUGACCCUGGAGAAGGCCGUGCAGCUGGUGAAGGAUGUUUUCAUCUCAGCCGCUGAGAGGGACGUCUACACAGGAGAUGCUCUCAAGAUCUGCAUCAUCACCAAGGAAGGCAUUCGAGAAGAGCUCGUGCCACUCAGGAAAGACUGAGACGUCUUCUCUGCCAUGCCAAAAUUAGCCUGUUUUUGUUUUUCUCCAGUUGAAUCCUUCACUCUGCUGUUCUUUUUAUAUUCCUUCUCAAGAAUAAAUACAUUAACAGUA